AGAUUUCUCUUGGACAAGACUUGAAGAAGUGCAUUGAAGUACCUUGAGCACCACCACCGAGAGGUUUAUGGAGGGUUUUGGCUCAACAGAGACCUUGUGAAGCAAUGGCGGAUUCAAAUUCUCAAACCAAAAUUCGAUGCCAUCACUGUGCAGGUCCUCUCUCCAAUGAUGAGGUAACUAGUGAAUGGACGGUGCCACCUCUUGUCAGAGACAGCUUUUCUAUGAUUGGCUCUGCUGUUGGUGGUACAACAAGUGCAUUCUAUGGGUUCAACCAUGUGAUGCCAAUUAUCCGGAAGUGGGUAAAAGGACCCAUGUGGUUGCAUUUCCUCAUUGGUGCGCCACCUGUGAUAGUUUUCUCUACAGCUUGUGCAGGUUUGGCAGGUGGUGCAGUUCCAGCACUUGCUCAACUGGCUUCUUCAGCUUACCACGUUGCAGUUUCAUCUCAUUCGUUGCCUCCAUCCUCACAAGAUGAGAAAAUUCAGAACUCGAGAAUUUCAUCUACUUUGUGAUACAGUUGCACUUGGUGCGGUCUUGCUCGCUGCAUAGAUGCCCUACUUAAGGUCGUGCUUCAUAAAGUCUUCUAAAUUUUAUAUAGCAUUCUUCUGGUGCCAAGUUUUAUGCUGUUUUCAUUUCUACUUUUUUUUUUUUGAAGUUUUUUAGGAACACAUGAAGGAUCAAGCCUAUUCAUGAAUAUAUAUA